AUGCGUACAUUCUUGGCGACAGCAGAGGCCAAUAACUUAGUUGCAGUAGCAAGUGCUAAGGACAAAUACACUAAGGAUAUGGAUCAGGUAUGUGGAAGUGCCAAGCCCUUCCUGAGUCGAAGUAUACUAAAGAAGAAACAUAAUGAAAUCAAGGAAGCAGCCAUUACUCAGUUCAGAGAAGUACGCAAGAUGGGAGGAACAGAGUACAGCCAGGAAUAUGAGAAGCAACUUUUAGCUUAUAUCAAGGAGUCUUACGCUCAGUACAUCAAACACAACGAUGACAAGAAGUUUUGUGAGAUCACUUUCAGACCUUAUACGUGUCUUUUCUGUUCUGCCACCGGGUUUCUUUACGAGGACGAUGACCCUUCCAUCAAUGGACCAAGCCGCCUCCAGAUGCUGAAUUGCUUCAACUGCUUUUUUGGCAUGGUCAAGUAA